UCUCAAAUGAUCUAUUAAAUUAAACACAGUGAAUCAAAAGAAAAAAAAAAUCUCUACGAAUGACAAAACCCAACUGCACUACGAUGAACGUCUUGUGUAAAAUUGUUUUCGUUUUUCAAAUAUUUUUUAUUGCCAGUGCGAAGAAUGCACAUCUCAUCAAUCAAUUGGAAAUAUUUAAUUUUAUUUCACCUGGAAUAUUACCGGAUCGAACGAAUCGAAUAGAAGAUAUAUAUCUACGUUUUUAUAAUGGUAACUUAUUUGAAGAAUAUGUGGACAUACCGCUUAGCCAAGCAAGUCGACUACUCGAGGUUAAAGGCUUCGAAAACAGUAAUCCCACCGUCCUUUACAUACAUGGCUUCAUAGAAACGGCUCAGCAAGAAAGUGUACAGGUCAUGGUGAAUGCGUACUUAGAAUCUAGACCGGCGACAAAUAUUGUAUUACUAGACUGGUCCAAUAUGGCUCAUGGCUCAUAUUUAGUUAAUGCUGCAAGAAAUACUAAAAAGGUCGGGAUAGCAUCCGCGGAACAGAUAAAUACUUUAAUAGAAUCAGGCCUACAAAUGGAAAAAAUGCAGAUUAUAGGACAUUCUCUUGGAAGUCACGUAGCUGGUUACUUAGCGAGAGAGCUCAAAAAUAAAUACAACAAAACUGUCAAAAGGGUAACAGCACUAGAUCCAGCGUUUCCCGCGUUUUAUCCAGACGGUGUAGUGAUGGAUCAUGUCACGGAUAAGGACGCAGAAUUCGUCGACGUGAUACAUACUGAUGCUGGCGGCUAUGGUGCACCAGUCCGGACUGGCACAGCAGAUUUUUGGCCGAACGGUGGAAAGAGUAUCCAACCAGGAUGCCCUCGAUUCGCGCCAAUGCCCCUUUCUGACGACAAUCUUUGCAGUCAUUGGCGGUCUUGGAAGUUCUACGCUGAGUCAGUGCGGAACCCCGAAGCUUUUGCAGCAUCACCAGCUGAUUCUUAUCACAAAUUUAGAGAAAAUCCGACACCAGAAGUUGGAAUGGUGUACAUGGGAGCGGAUUGCGACACGAGUGCUCGUGGAUCAUAUUAUUUAACAACAAAUGGCGAAUCUCCGUUUGGUAAGGGAAUGGACGGUAUUUACACAAAAAAUAAAAGUAACAAGGGAAAAAAUAUAUAAAAAAUUAUAUAUUAUUAGAAAAAGGUGAUUCUACUUAAUUACAAUAUGUCUUCAUAUUACAAAAAGGACCAAAUGCUUAAAAAAAUUACUAUUGUAAUUAAAAAUGACAUACUUUAGGUGUCUUGUUGGUUCAAAUAAAUAUUGGUCCUGUUA